AUGGCGGAAGGAAUGGAUGAAGUGGACUUCCUCACGGAGAAAGAUCUUCUUAGAAAAUAUGGAGAAGCAGGUUUGCAGACUGAGCUGCUGGAGCUAAUCCCUCCCUUAGUUUCGAGGGAGGACAACUUCAUGCUUGAGGAGCCUGUUUCACUGAAGGAAGUUAAGUCUACUAUUUUUGGGUUAGGUGGGGAGAAGGCACCAGGACCAGAUGGGUUUCAGGUGUUCUUUUUUCAGUUCUUUUGGGACGAGCUUGGUGAGGAAUUGCUAGCUAUGAGUGGUUUUACUCCUGGAAGGAAUAUUGUGGAUGGGGUGAUUGUGGCCCAUGAGGCUAUUCACAAGGCUAUGAAGGUCAAUGGCAGCCCUCAAGGCUUCUUUUCGACGUCUAGGGGUAUUCAGCAAGGGGAUCCAAUAUCCCCCUUUCUCUUUAUUUUGUUGGCUGAAGUUCUUGGACGGUCGAUUGCUCACAAGAGAGCUCAACGGUUGUGGAAGGGUAUUGAGAUUGCUCAAGGGGUGGACUCCACAACUCAUUCUCAGUUUGCUGAUGACACCUGUCUUUUUGGUGUGGCUUCUAUGCACAAGGCUUCGGUUAUAAAGAAAGUUCUGGACAAAUUUUCUUGGGCCACUGGUCAGGAAAUAAACUGGCUCAAAUCGAAGAUCUUUUUCUUCCAUAUGAAAUGUUGGUCUCAGAGAGCUAUUACUAGAUUGUUUGGGAUUAAGAUUAGACAACUGCCUAGUAAGUUCCUUGGAAUGCCGCUCUUUGCUGGAGUAGGUAAGAUGGACAUUUGGCAAGGGUUGCCAGAUGGCUAUAAAGCUAAGAUGGAGGGAUGGAAGAGUAAGUGGCUUUCUUUGGCUAGUCGCAUUCUAAUGCUGAAGUCAGUUGUAUUGGCCAUGCCAAUCUUCCCAAUGGAUAAAGUACCGCUCAUGGCAUGGGACAGAGUUUGUAUACCCAAAGGAGGGGGAGGGGUGGGGCUCCGUGAUUGGAGGCUUAUUAAUGAGGCCAUGGGGGCUAAUUUGAGAUGGAGUUGGAAGGAUCCUCGGGUUCUAAAUUUGGGGGCAGACGAGGAAAGAUAUCUGAGCAAGAUCUUGGAUAACCGUUAA